CGCACCACUGUGAGCAUCCAAGUUGCAUUUUCUCCUCUCAUCCUAACUUGAUUGUGCCGGAGAAAUGAUUUCAGCAGACGUCACUCAUCUGCAUAGGGAGUAAAAUGCAACCAUCCUGCAAGGCUUUUCGCACCCUGAAACGCUCUAUAUAGCCUACUCAGGGUGCGAUAAAGGGACAUACUGACGGCUGCAUUACCGAAACUACAAACAUGGAAGGAAUAGGAUGUUACUAGCAUCCGCCGUAGUGGUAUGGGAAUGGCUGAACGAGCACGGACGCUGGCGGCCCUACAGCCCGGCUGUCUGUCAUCACAUCGAGGCAGUCAUCCGGAGCAACCCGCGCUGUGGUAGUGUCGUCCUCGGCCAGGUGGACUCGCGCCUCUCGCCCUACAUCAUCGAUUUGCAUUCCAUGCACCAGUUCCGACAAGACACAGGUACCCUCCGACCGGUACGACGCAGCUUUUACGACCCCACCUCAGCACCGGGCCAGGGCUGGUUGUGGGAGUGGGAGAACGACACCGGCAGUUGGACGGUGUACGACACUGACGUCGGCAUCGCCAUCCAGGCGGCACGCGAUCGCCAGCAGCCCUGGCUGGAUCUGGCGCCGCUGGGAUUCUGCUACCUCAUUGACUUCGAAAGCAUGACGCAAAUCAACGGGCAGACGCAGCGCUGCAGACGCAUCCAGCGCCGCUCGGACCUGGCGUACCCCCUUGUGUCGGGGCCUUUGCCUAGAUCACACCACGCAUGGGGACCCAUGUCCAUGCCCAGCCACGGAGGACUGCUGGGGGUGGACGUUUCUGGAGCGGGUAUGGGGAUCCGAAUGGGCAGUGGAGGGACUGGAAACGGGAGUGCGUAUCCAAGCGGGGCGCUUCCUGCUUCAGCCAUCACUUCUUUAGGACAACCGUGUGCCUGUCAGCAGUGUAUGCUAGUGCUAAGUGUCAAAGCGGGUGCGAUGGCGACUGCUCACACUCUCGGUCGGAGGCCGCCACAGACAAAACCACCUAGUCCCAAAAUCAGCAGUCACCCAAUCCCAGGAGGAUCGUACUCGCUGACGCUCCCUCGGCCUCCCUCCCUUUCUCGCUCCCUCUCCCCCCACAGGACAUCCAUAGUUGGGGCGACAGGUGGCUUCAGUGUGAGCGGUAUGGGUGGCGCCGGAGGUGUGGGCUUUAUGGGUGGUAGUGGCUAUGGCAGCUCCAGCUAUGGCUUCGGAGGAGGCUUCCCCCACUCUCUCUCUCUUCUCAACUCAGCUACGGCAGCCCUAUCCAUCUCCUCCACCCGCCCCCCUCCUCCACCUCUUCCGCCGCCACCACCACCUCCUCCUCCACCCGCCACACUAUCAUCUUCAGCCAUCUCUCCCCCUCAUCCCCCUGCCUCAUCCUCCCUGUCUGCUUCCUGCUCCGCCCCUACAGUGCCCGCUCCCGGCCCUCCUCCUCUCAUCUCCACCGCUUCCUCCACCUGCACGCCCUCGCCUUCCGCCCGCGUGCUGGGUCCAGUGUCUUCAUCGGGUGCUGCUGCCUGCGCAGCUCCUCUGCCGCCGCGGUCUAGCCUGGCGGGGCUAAGCAGACCUGCUCUGCAGCGGAUUGCCAUGGCUCAAUCCCGUGCCCUGAUCGCCUCUGGAGUGCCAACAGUUCCAGUGAAGAACCUUAAUGGAUCCAGCCCGGUGCACCCUGCACUGGCAGGCAUUACAGGCAUCCUGAUGAGCGCAGCAGGACUUCCUGUCUGCCUGACACGCCCCCCCAAGCUGGUGCUUCAUCCUCCUCCUGUCAGCAAGAGCGACAUCAAGCCCGUCCCCGGCCUGGGCCACUGCUGCCGCAAGACCAACAAGAAACAGGCUCGCAAAGGCAAGACCCCUGAGGAGGUAGUGAAGAGAUACCUUCAGAAAGUCCGCAAUCCCCCUGAAGAGGACUGCACCAUCUGUAUGGAGGCUCUAGCCGGGCCAUCGGGCUACAAAGGCCCCGGUGUAGGUGGCAUCUCACGGGCUGAGUCAGUGGGACGCCUGGCUCAGUGCGGCCAUCAGUACCACCUCCAAUGCCUCGUCGCAAUGUACAACAAUGGCAACAAGGACGGCAGCCUGCAGUGUCCAACCUGCAAGACCAUCUAUGGAGUCAAAACCGGCAACCAGCCCCCAGGCAAGAUGGAGUACCACGUCAUCCCCCACUCACUGCCGGGCCACCCAGACUGCAAAACCAUCCGGAUUAUUUAUAACAUCCCACCUGGCAUCCAGGGCCCAGAGCACCCAAAUCCAGGCAAACCUUUCACUGCCCGUGGUUUCCCCAGACACUGCUACCUUCCUGACAGCGAAAAGGGACGCAAGGUUCUGCGGCUUCUUCUGGUAGCGUGGGACCGCCGGCUCAUUUUCUCCGUGGGCACGUCCAGCACCACCGGCGAGUCCGACACAGUCAUCUGGAACGAGGUGCACCACAAGACAGAGUUUGGCUCCAACCUGACAGGCCAUGGUUAUCCCGAUCCAGGCCACUUGGACAACGUGCUGGAGGAGCUUAAGGCUCAGGGCAUCACCGAGGAGGAGUGUCUACCCAGAGACUGACCAGAAAAACAGAAGAAAUGGGAAACAAGGCUAGAAACUGCUGGAAAAUAUUUAAUGUUUUCAACAAAAGAAAGUACUUUUGCCACCAGAGAAGGAUCAAGCCUUUGAACUCUUUACAGGAAAGAUGCAGAAAAUUGUUUCCAGCAGACAGAAUUAGCUGAAAAUGUAAUUUCUCUCAUGACUGCAUGAGUCAGUUUCAGUACGGGAGAAAUCCGUUUUUCUCCUGAUGCAGUAACAGUGUCAAGAUCACAGAUGUUAUUCAGUGAGACAUUUGAGAUCACUGUGCACAUACAAGUCAGUGUUAGAUUAACAAUAACAAACAUUUAAACUGUGAGACUUCAAAUCAAGAAUGUAACAAAGUGGAUUUUUCCCUGAAUUGAUUAAGUUUUUGCUGCUAAGUGGAACUGAAAGAAGGAAAAGAAGUCUGUACGUUUGAAGUGUUAGUCCAAGCAGAAGACACUUGUGUGUAACUGGAUAUCUGAGCAUGAAUAUUUGCUGACCUCUAGUGGUACUUUUCCAGAACUACAUUCCUUUUUAGCUUUGAUUUGUAUUCAAUUGUAUCGAUGUACAUUGCAAAUACUUGAUAUAUGAUAUUGUUUCCAUCAUGUUUUUAUAUUUUAAUUUUACAUUUGUUUUAUAUGCUGUUUCUUUGCAUUGCAUUAUGUGUGUGUGUG